UAAAAAAGGAAAUAAAUUACUUCAUUGAUGUCCAGCAGGCGUAAAGAUCCGUGUAAAGCAAAUGCAUGUAAAAUACAAGCCUGUCUAAGCGAAAAUAAUUAUCAAGAAAGUAAAUGCUUGGAAGUCCUGGAACAAAUGCGUAUCUGUUGCUUGAAGUGGCAUAAAGAAUCAACUUGUUGUUCGGGGAUCUAUUUGGAUAAAAGUUAUCUUGUUGACAAAGAGGAACAAGGAAGAGGAAUUGACACCGGCAAGUAACCAGCCAACUUUUCUGUAA